CCCUCUUCCCCACCCCAUCUUUCUCUCUAUCACAAACAAAAAAAAAAUGGAUAAAAAACAGUGCAAUACGUCUCAAGAUCCUGAAGUGAGAAAAGGGCCAUGGACAAUGGAAGAAGAUUUGAUCUUGAUCAACUAUAUUUCGAACCAUGGGGAAGGUGUUUGGAACUCUUUGGCCAAAGCUGCUGGUCUUAAACGUACUGGAAAGAGUUGCCGACUUAGGUGGCUAAACUAUCUCCGUCCUGAUGUUAGAAGAGGGAAUAUUACACCCGAGGAACAACUUUUGAUCAUGGAGCUUCACGCAAAGUGGGGAAACAGGUGGUCAAAAAUUGCCAAGCAUCUACCAGGAAGGACUGAUAAUGAGAUAAAAAACUACUGGAGGACCAGGAUUCAGAAGCACAUCAAGCAAGCCGAGAACUCUCAGCAACAGAGUAAUUCUAAUUCUGAGAUAAAUGACCAUCAAGCUAGCACUAGCCAAGUGUCCACCAUGGCUGAGCCCAUGGAGACCUACUCUUCACCCUGUUACCAAGGAAUGUUAGAGCCAUUUUCUACUCAGAUUCCCAAUAUUCCAGAUCAAUCCAGUUGUUGUACCAAUGAAAACAACAAUUAUUGGAGCAUGGAGGAUAUCUGGUCAAUGCAGUUACUGAACGGGGAUUAA